AUGACAUCUGCUGCAGCAGAAGCUUUAAUCGGUCUAGAAAACUAUUCAUCUAGUCAAGUGGAUCAAUUUACCGCUCCCUCCACUGCUCCCGCUGAGAUUACAUCAUUUACAACUGAAAUUUUAUCUGCUGCUGCAUCUAUUCACAAUUUGAUACCUCUUCUUCAACAAUAUGAUGGUUUUCUUGUUGCUUGUUUCUCUGAACAUCCACUUGUCGAAAUGUUACGAGAACAUACCGAUAAACCAGUGGUUGGCAUUAUGGAAGCCAGUCUUGUACAUGCAACACUUUUAGGACAUCGAUUUGGAAUUGUAACAACGAAUAAAGAGUGGGAGGCAUUACUUGCUAAGAGUGUUCGUAAUAUGACACUUGAUCAUCGAUGUGGAGGAAUUAAAGCAACUAAUAUUUCUCCUGCUGGUUUGAAACUUGCUGAACAAGAUAUUGUCAAUGCUGCCAUAGCUGAAGCAGCCAGAGAACUUGUUGAAAAGAAUGGAUGUGAUGUUAUUGUCUUGGGAUGUGCAGGAAUGAGUGGAUUGGAGAGCACGGUACAACAAUCUGUAAUUACCUUGGGUUCGAAGAUAGCUGUGAUUGAUGCAGUAGUCGCUGGAUAUGAAGUUUUAUUAGAACUUGUAGAUAUGCAAAAGCAUGGGCAUGGUCAAGUUAUGUGA